UUUGUGUGUCGUCCGCAUGAAAAGUCCACAUUGUUAAUGGCAGUGUGUAUGCUUCAAUUAUAGGAUGAAGACCAUUCUCAGCAACCAGACCGUCGACAUCCCCGACAAUGUCGAGGUGAAACUUGAUGGGCGAACUGUGAUCGUCAAGGGACCUCGAGGUGUUCUUCGCAGAGAGUUCAAUCACAUUAAUUUGGAGCUCAGUCUCCUGGGUAAAAAGCGAAGAAGGCUUCGUGUUGACAAAUGGUGGGGAAACAGAAAGGAGCUUGCUACAGUAAGAACCAUCUGCAGUCAUGUUCAGAAUAUGAUCAAAGGAGUGACUUUGGGCUUUCGUUACAAGAUGAGGUCUGUGUAUGCUCAUUUCCCCAUCAACGUGGUCAUCCAAGAGAAUGGUGGACUUGUUGAAAUCAGAAAUUUUCUGGGAGAGAAGUACAUUAGAAGGGUCAGAAUGAGACAAGGUGUAAACUGUGCUUUGUCUCAGGCUCAGAAAGAUGAACUGGUUCUUGAGGGUAAUGACAUUGAGCUGGUGUCAAAUUCAGCUGCACUGAUCCAGCAGUCAACUUCAGUGAAAAAUAAGGAUAUCAGAAAAUUCUUGGAUGGCAUUUACAUCUCUGAGAAGGGAGCUGUAGUGGAGCAAGAUCAAUAAACAGUUCAAGCUGCUUUGAUUCAGCAAGCAACAACUGUAAAGAAGAAAGACAUCCGCAAAUUCUUGGAUGGCAUCUAUGUCAGU